CCCGCCGCGCCCCGCGCCCGCCUCUCCGAUGGGCAACCUGCUCGGCGGGGUCAGCGUGCGCGAGCCCACCACCGUGGAGGACUGCGACUCCACCUGGCAGACGGACUCGGAGCCCGAGCUCGAGGAGCCGGGGCCGGGCGGCGGCGAGGGCCCGGGGCGGGAGCCCGCGCAGCCCCCAGAGCCCGCGGAGCCCCAGGAGCCCCCGGAGCGAGCCGGCGGCCGGCCCCACGCCGGCCCCGCGCCGGAACCGGACGCCGAGGCGGCGGGCGCAGAGCAGGGGACUGAUUCCACUGAAGCACCUGCGAAGCCAAAGAGAAGUUUUUAUGCUGCGAGGGAUUUGUACAAAUACCGACACCAGUACCCACAGAACUUCAAAGAUAUCCGAUAUCAAAAUGACUUGAGCAAUCUUCGUUUUUAUAAGAAUAAAAUUCCAUUUAAGCCUGAUGGUGUUUACAUUGAAGAAGUUCUCAGUAAGUGGAAAGGGGACUACGAGAAACUGGAACACAACCACACCUAUAUCCAAUGGCUUUUCCCCCUGAGAGAACAAGGCUUGAACUUUUAUGCUAAAGAACUAACUACCUAUGAAAUUGAGGAAUUCAAGAAAACAAAGGAAGCAAUUAGAAGAUUCCUCCUGGCUUAUAAAAUGAUGUUAGAGUUUUUUGGAAUAAAGCUGAUAGAUAAAACUGGAAAUGUUGCCCGGGCUGUUAACUGGCAGGAGAGGUUUCAGCAUCUGAAUGAGUCUCAGCACAACUAUUUGAGGAUCACUCGUAUUCUGAAAAGCCUUGGCGAGCUGGGAUAUGAAAGUUUUAAAUCUCCUCUUGUGAAAUUUAUCCUUCAUGAGGCUCUGGUGGAAAAUACUAUUCCCAAUAUUAAACAGAGCGCGCUGGAGUAUUUCGUGUACACAAUUAGAGACAGAAGGGAGAGGAGAAAGCUCCUACGGUUUGCCCAGAAACAUUACACGCCCUCGGAGAAUUUUAUCUGGGGACCCCCGAGGAAGGCACAGCCCGAGGGCAGCAAAGCCCAGAAGCCCCCCAGCCCGCCCACCGCUGGGCAGCAAGGCCAGACGUCUAUGCACAAAAAACCCAAAGAGUCCAAAAACGCCUCCUCAGCCGCGCACGGAGUCAGCAAAGCAGCCGAAGACAAAAAAGGGGCCUCUAAGGAGGCAGCCGAAGAGACGGACAAGCCCAGGGCGGAGCCAGGCAGCGAGGCCGCCCAGCCCGGAGAGCCAGAGCAAGACCGGGCUGCGGACGAUUCCAGUCCUCCGGCAGAACAGACAGUUACUCACCCCGAGGAGCAAAAGGAGAACGCGUCUCCCCCUGAGAAGGAUGAGGCGGCUGACAGCCGGAGCCAGGAGGGUGGGAGUCCGGGCGAUGCGGGUGCCGAUGACGCCGCCCCGUUGCCGUGAAUUGUCCGAAGGCCCCCGCGCCUCUGCGCCCGCGGGAGGCGAGGCUGUGGCCGGUCCCGAGAAGCAAGGCCGCCUUUCCCGGCUCAGCCGGCUGUCGCUGAUUUCUGUGGUCAGCGUGUAGCUGUCAGCUGGAUUUCAGUCUGGAUGGCUGUGAAUUUAAUAUUUAAAAGGAAGUCUGAAGACGAGACCCAAUGAAUGAGUGUGUCCUGUAACACUUUGGGGAUGUGAGUUUUCGCAUCCCGUACACAAUUCCUUUUAAAUUAUUUUCAGUGUAUCUGGAAGUAAUCAUGGAGUCUUUGAUAUAACUGAGAUAGGAAUCAGUUCUUGGAGUGGACCGUACUAUACCUGGAGGAAAUUAAGAGGAUAAUUUCAUUAUGUGGCCACACCUUUGCCGCAUUUAAAAGUUCCUGUGUUUAAGCUGCAAGAAAGAAUUUGGUCUUCUUUGAGAUAAUCAGGAAGGAAUUUGGAUUUUUUUUUUUUUCAGCACCGCAGCGUGUUUGCUUCUGGUUCUGGUAAGGAGGUGGAUGUCCUUGGGGACUUGGAAUCACCUUCCCCUGCGUGUCAGUGCCGCCGUCUUUCCUGUCCUCUGUCUCCACCCUUGGCCCCAUUCUCUUCCUGUCCUCUGUCUCCACCCUUGGCCCCAUUCUCAUCAGCCACCCGUGUCGGCCAGCACGUGCGUUUCUACUGUUGACAUCUAGACAUUCAGAUGGUCUCCUACAGUGACAUUUGCACGGGCCGGAAGGGACUGUCAACUGUACAAUUUCAAGAAUUUGCUUUGUUUCAAAUAAUAAACAUGUGUUUCUGUAUUAACGUACUUAAAAACAAAUUUUGAUGCAAAAGUCCAAGAAGAAAAUCAUGCCUUUUAUGGCUGUUCCACAUAAAUUUGGUGCUUGUGUCUGAAUGCAAAUGACUAAAGAAUUAAAAAAUAAGAGAGGAAAUUGUUCAUUUUUAAAACGCAUGCAUUUUGUACUGGCAACAAGGCAGUGGUCCCUGAAACCAUGAAUAUCUCAGUGUUAUGUGGACUAUGAAGUUCAUAUUGCUUAGCCCACAGGGUAUCUGUAAAAAAAAAAAUACAAUUUGCUGCAUCUCAGUUGUCAGGCCUUGAAAUUGAGAGUAGAUCUGACAUCCCAUGUAUUCAGUUUUAGUAAGCACAGAAUGUGUCAAAAUUGGGUAAGAGCAAAUAGCUUUAUUUCCUAUAAUAUUGUUACUAAUUAUUAUAACACAUUAGAAAACAAACACUGGUGAAAACUUCAGCAUACCUACAUUUCCUAUAAUAUUGUUACUAAUUAUUAUAACACAUUAGAAAACAAACACUGGUGAAAACUUCAGCAUACCUACCUUCAGCAUACCUGAAAGUAAUUAAUAGACCUUUUUUUUAAACUUCAUUUCAUUUAGAAAGAAAUUGCCUUUGUGUGUUUCUUAGGCCUUUAAGGGAAAAUCUAUUCACUUUAACCCCCAAAGAAUUUUUACUAUGUUUACUCUGUCCUGUUUUUUAAUCACAUCAUAUCAUCUUCUGUUACCUUUAUUGAUCAGAGGAUUUUUAGCAGAGGAUUUCUAGAAAAUAAACACACCAAUAGUAUGCUUUUAGAAGGAUUUUAUUGCCUUGAAAUUUACAUGAAAUAUCACUGUUCUUAAAUCUGACUAAUUUUUUAUGAAUGUUAGUAACACAUAUUAUAUAUGUAUUCCAAUAAAUAUAGAAUAUUUUCUCAUUACUAAUUUCUCAUAAUUCACCAGUUUUAUGUUUCUUCUGUUUUUUUGAAGUGAGCAUUAGGAUUUGGGAAACAAUUCUGCUUUUGGAUUUCAGUUCCUUUUUUUACUUUAAUGUAAAAAAGGAUUUCUUUCAUGGCCCCAUUCUUUCUUUAAUGGCCUCAUCGAGCUCAAUAAGCAAUUUUGCAGGGUUAGGGCAAGAGAGUAGUUUGUCACAUUGGGCUGAAUUGUAGAAAUAUAAUACAUUGGAAAUAUCUUACCAAUUUUGCAUACAUGAUAAAGUGUUCACACCACUUUCUAAGUACAUAAUGUUAAAAUUUUGUGACCAGAUAUUAAAAUAUUAAUAAGCAGCAGACUGAUACUAAAAUGGGUAUAAUCUGAAUUACUUAGAAGCUAGUAGUAUAUCAGAACCCUUAGAAGUAAAAAUGUUUCAUUCAAUAAUUUCUAGAAUAUUCCUAAUUAGGGAUUUGAUUAGUUGUACCAUUUAAUUUGAGACUAUUUAGUCUCAAGGGGAAAACUGCCUGGCUUCUGUUUAAAACAGUGGCCUUUUUCUACCAUGCUGGUUUUGAAAGUUAUAUUCACUUGUAACAGUAUCAGUUCUACAUUUAAUCUGUAAAUAACUUAUGAGAGAAUUCUUCAGUGGAAAGAAGUGAGAGAGUGCCAUUCCUUUUGCAUAUAAAAAUUACAAACACCUAAAUUUUUUUUCUAUUAAGAAUAUUUUGUACAUUCAGUAGUUUUAAAAUAAGAUUAUAGGUGUGUCUUUAUGUGUGUGUUAGACAUGAAACAGCCCUCUGGGUUUGACUCUGAUGUGUUGUAUUUUAAAAACUACUAUGUGCUUGCAGAAACUUACUGAGAAGCUAUUAUAAAAAUGCGGUGGAGCAUGGCCAAAUAGCUAGAAACUAUUGAAUUUUUGCAAUUCUAUAGACUUUAUCAUUGUACCAUGGACUGUGAGGAUAUUCAGUAUUGGCUAUUGAUAAAAUACUAAUUUGCAUUUCAUGGCAAAUAGAUGUUAUACUGCUUGGUUAGUCUAGUAUAUUUCUAAUAUUUUGUGCAUUCAUAUCCCAAAGGAGAUAAUAUAUGUGAAAAUAUUUUGAAAUACUAUAAAGUGAUAUAUAAUGAUAAGAUAUAUUUCUGUACAGUAGAGAAAAAGUUUAUAACAUUAAGAAUAUGAUACCAUUAUACAUUCUCAUGCUCAAUCUUAUAAGAAAUGGAAAAGAAUAAUGACAACUGAAAAUAUGUCUGCUUUCUCUAAGUCAGGUCCAGUUCUAAGUUCAAAAUUAUAUGACAUAGCUUUAUUUUGAAUUUUAGUUGUGAUGAAAAGCUUUUUUUCAGCAUCAAGGAGAAAACAGAAUUUAUAACUCAGGAGUUAGCAGAAGUUACAAGAUUUUUUUUUUUGCCAAGUCUUAAAAAUAUAAAUGUUAUGUUUACAUAAUUAUCUACUUUGUUUCUAGUUUUUCAUACUUUAAUCUGACAGAAGGAAUUAUCUGGUGAAAAAGGAAAACAAUACAGUGUUACAUCUGAGUCACUCUUUAAAAAAUCAUUUUAGUAAGUAAACAUCCAUAUCAAAGUGGUCAAAAAUUGAUUGACCGGAUAGAGACUAUUUGGUUAAUUGUUUAAAGUUAAAUUUCCCUAGUUUAUAGUAGAGUUAUGUUUGAUUUAUAAUCUACUGAGCAACUAAAUCAACCCUUUUAUUUUGUCUUUCUAUAAUUGAGGCUCUUAUAAAAGCUUUAUUUUCUAACCUGAGGAAAGGACAGUCUUGAUCUUGCUUGGUUCUAAUUGCAUCUGUGGGCUCCCAAGUUUAUUUGGGGUGAGCAGGGAUUCUUUGUUAUAGGAUAGUUUUGAAGAUUUCUAUUUUGUUUCCCACUUUAAAAAUACCCAUUUUGUUUUCUUUUGGGGGUAUUUCUGUUAAAUGUAAGGUAAGCUGGAGUUAGACACACUGGAAAUCAUUUCAAAUGUAGGUGUAGUUGUAUAGACAGAUGGCAUGGGUUAGUAGAACAUAGAAAGUUAGGGGUGUACAGGUGUUGAUGUCUUUUACAUCUGAUUCUGUUUGUUCCACGAGCAGAUCUGUGUGGGUAUCUCUAGGGUAACAGUGAGUACACCCUGCCUCCUCCCAUGUUCCAGCCCACCCAGCAGACUAUGCUGGGGGACAGACUGUAUUUUAGAAAUUCCUAAUUACUGAAGUUGUUAAUAAUAUAGUUAUAAAUAAAUGAAUGCCUGGGGGUGUCCAGAUGUGCCUUAACUAACGUGAUCAGGCUUUCAUUCAGAAGUUUAAAUUUUUACUCCAUUAUAAAAUCUUGCCAUAAGGGACAUUCCAAGCCAUGAAGAUCAGUUAUUUUAGUGAAAUUUACUUUGGUUGGUGCUUUUUCAUUUUGGAGACAUUUCCAUUUGUAUCAGUAACAUCAGUUCAAAAGUGAGUAUAUUAGCCACAGUGUUCAAACAUGUUAUAUUUGACAAAAGGCCUUUACAGUAAGAAAGAUUAGCUACAUUGUUACAUUUAUUUAUGCUUCUCCCUAAUUUUUCUACAUGCUGUAAUUGUCACUGUAAACAUCUGUCAGUUUCUACAAGUAAUAUUUAUUUGUCUUUUGUUUUUAGAUGCAGAUGGAUGUAGAAAAUAGGAUUAGAGAAAUGAUUUAAAAGUUUAAUUCCAAUAGAUGUUUGGAGGAAUCUGAAAUUCAUUUGGACUUUGAUACUGUAGUUUUAUUAGAAACAAACAGUACUGUUCUUGCUUUUUACCUUCGGUUGGAGAAAAUAUUUUUUGUCAUCUGCUUUUCUUCUUCUUUUGUUGAGAAGUUUAUUGUUUUAAUUAUUUGUGGGAAAUGGCUUCUUAAUAUGUUUGUUUCCUUGAAUUAACAUGCUUGUGUGGAGGAUAUAAUUAACGGCUUUGUUUUAUGGUCCAAACUCUGCCUGGGGGUUGAGUUCAGAGGAGGGGAGGUGGCUGAGAACCAGAGAAGGCAUCUGGGUGAAGGGGAGCUGACCCUGGAUGCAGCCCCCCCAGUGGAGGAAGGGUCCCUGGAGCAUCCUCUGAGUGACCAGGAUCUUGGUCUGUGAUUGCUGACUUCUGAGGAGUGGGGACCACCUUGGACUCCAUACACUGGUUCAGUGGGUAUCAGUUUUCAUAAAAAUACCUGUUGUAGGUUCAUUCGCCACCAUUUUGUAGUUGUUUAGCAAAUUGUGAGCAAUUGGACACCUGCUGUGUAGAUUACAGCUAAAUGUAUCUCAGGAAACUGACAUACCAGUUCUGCCUACCCCUCCCCCCCAGUUCAAAACUCCUGAUCGCCAAUCAAAAAUUGCUUGAGUUGUUCUUUCAGAGGCCUCUGUAUAAAAGUCUUCAUAAAAUGGUUCAAUGUAAAGAUGAAAGGAAAAAGGCACCAGUGCUGUGUUGUUAUGCUGAAAGACCUUUUUAUAUAUAUUAAAAAAAAUCAGAAACCUUAUAUAUUUUAAUAUGUAAAAUAUAUGGAAGUUAUACAGUUUAUCCUAUUUUCAUUUUUAAAUUAUAAUGGAGUUUGUGGAACAGUUACAUUAACUAGAGAGAUUAGUUGUGUAAUAAGCUCUGGUCCUAGGAAACAUCCAAGUUCUGCACUCACUGGUCAGAUGAACACUUUAGUCACUGCUGCUGGGUUCAGGAUCAUGUGGAGGAGAGGAAAUCACGAUGGAAACACAAAACCAGAAGCUAGAGACUCCCUACUGAAACGAAGAUGUAAGCGAUUGUAGUUUUGUGUAGUGGCGGAGUGAGUGCAGUGAGCACUGGAUGAGGGUCUGCAGAGCUUUCCAGCGGGGACGUGCCCUGGGUUACAGGUGCCGAGGGGAUCUGUACCUGUCUGGAAACAGUCCCGUCCCCGCUCCCCUUUGAAGCCUGAAUUCCGCUUACUCCACAGCAGACUGAGACCUUGUACAGCCUGAGAGAAAUAAUCACGGGAUCCGGAACCAGGUUUAAUUCCUCUGCCGGUGCUUUUACUGAGUUAAGUGGAGGGGCUGGCUGUAGACCCACGGAGGAGAGGCAGCGAUGGGUGGCUUAUGGCAAAGUAACCCUGUCUCCCGAACCAUCACAAUGAAGAGCAACAAACUGGACCAAGCGUUAGGUCCAUUUACAAGCCUUUUGUUUUCCUCCUGGUAAAAAGUUGGUUUGCUUGUUCCUCAGUGAGCUGUCCACUCGUCUUUUGUGCAAACUGCCCAGACAGAUGGCCAACCGGGUCCAGUCACCAUUUCAAUCGGGAAACUUUAGUGCCCUUUGUAUUUCGAGUAUUUCGGGAGGAUGGGAGUGAUUCUCAGAAAGAUGGGUGCUUCCUGCCGCUGUGAGCGCGGUCUCUUCCGCAGCUGGGGGCCUUCCACCCCGCGCCGUCCUCUGCAGGAUGAAUUAGAGAAUGCUGGCGCAUGUCUGUGCGCACCAAUACCAUAUGUAUGUGGUAGGAGCUGUAACCAGUUUCUGGAUAUGUCUGGUACUAUGAAACACUUAUUUUAUAAUCCUGUAACUGUAUGGCAGUGUUAUGCCAAAAAUGUAUAAAGAGCAAUAGUUUCUCUUGUUUACUGCUGUGUUUAAAAAGAUCGUUUCUGAAACUGUAUGUUUAGAGUCCCUUCAAUUAUUUUUAAUAACUAGUGCCAAAUAUACAUCCUGUAAAAUGACUAAAAGCCACUUCAUCUUGGUUAACAUUCUAGCCUUAUGUUAGAGUACAUUAUGUUGACUUUGCAUGAUUAAACUAUUUUUAAAGAGCUGGAACAAAUGACUUUGCUGUUUUUCUGUGAUUAGACUUUCUUAUGGUUAUUGUAUGAGAUCAACAUUAUUCCCUUUUUAUCCUCUAAAAUAAAUGUUGUGUUUUGCAGGGUGAAAUCUUAUUUACACAGGCA